UUCCUUCUCAUUUCUUCUCUCCUCCAUUACUGUCUUUUUUUCACUUCGUUCUUCAUCUCUCUCUUCCCCCCUUCUGGAACUCAUUCAUUAAUACUCUCUCUACUUUUCCUCUCUCUCCAGUUCUUGAAUGUCCAAGAUUUUCAAAUCCCCGCUUCCUAAAGCAAGAAAUAUCUUCAGUGAACUGCAAUUGGUUUAUGCAGUUAAUAAUAUUCUUUUGAAGGAUUUAAAGGUCAUAAUUAUUUAAUUGGCUUGCUUUAACAGCUGGAAGGGUUCUGGAUUAGGUGUAAUAUGUGCCAUUAACGUGGUGCACAUUUCAUGAUGUCAAGUAACGGUAUGGAUCACGAGAACGAGCAUUGUAUAAUACCAAAUGGUGGGGCCUCUGUCCAGUCGUGUGAGUUUUGUGGUGUAGAUAAAGAUUUACAGCCUGUCAAUCUAGAGAGAGCCAGUUCUUGUGCAAUGCCAUCUGUCAGUCCCACUGCAUCAUUAAUAAGCAGUGACAGUUCCAUCUCAAACUGCAGUGACAUUUCAGUCGAUGCAAACUUUUAUGGCCGGGUUUAUGUAGAAGAAAGCAGCACAGAGAGCAGUCAAGAAGAUUCUGUUUCUGGUUCAAAAGGGCAUCUGGAUUAUUCAAACUCAUCAGUUAAAUUGAACGGUUUUCAUCAGACUGGUGUAGAAACUGUAGGAAGUGGCGAAGUUCAGAUUGGACGAGGUAAUAAUGUGGAAAGAGUUGGUUCGUAUAUUAACGAAGAAACUGGGAUGUCUGAUGAAAUGGAUGCUCAAUUAUGGCUUCCACCAGAACCAGAAGAUCAAGAAGAUGAUAUCGUAGAUAGGGUAGCAAAUUAUGAUGAUGAUGACGAUGAAUGUGGGGAGGACGGUGUGAGGUGGGCCAAAUCGAGUUCUUUAAGCUGUUUUGGAGGAGAAGGCAGUGGAAGCUACAAGUUCAAAGAGGAAAAGCGUAAAGCAAUGGACAAGGUUAUGAAUGGGAAGUUCAAGGCCCUUGUCGGUCAACUAAUUAAGUCUGUCGGUGUUGCCUCUUCUGGAAAUGAUGAAGAAAAUUGGGUGGACAUAGUGACUUCUUUAUCAUGGGAGGCUGCUGCUUUUGUGAAGCCUCGUGCAAAUGAGGGUAAGGCAAUGGAUCCUGAUGGAUACGUGAAAAUCAAAUGUAUUGCAACCGGUUCCCGCAGCCGAAGUCAAUUAAUCAAAGGAUGUGUCUUCAAAAAGCAUGCUGCCCACAAACACAUGCCAACAAAGUACAAGAACCCAAAAUUGAUGUUGAUCAAUGGUUCACUCGAUCUCUCUUCCAGUGGAUUAUCAUCAUUUGAAUCAAUGCAACAGGAGAAGGAUAGUCUGAAAUCUAUUGUUGAGAGGAUAGAAAUGUACAAGCCAAAUGUGAUUUUGGUUGAGAAAUCAGUUUCUCGCGGCAUACAAGAAUCCAUUCUUGCGAAAGGCAUGACAUUAGUCUUUGAUAUGAAGCUCCAUCGUCUGGAGAGAGUUGCUCGUUGUACUGGUUCACCUAUCUUGUCAUCAGAUUUUGCUAUUGGCCAACAGCUUAGGCCGUGUGAUUCAUUUCAGAUUGAAAAGUUUGUAGAAGAACACAAUUUUUUAGCCGAAGGUGGGAAAAAACCGAGUAAAACAUUAAUGUUUCUUGAGGGCUGUCCCACUCGGCUUGGAUGUACGAUUUUGCUGAUGGGAGCUAAUGGCGAUGAACUGAAAAGGAUUAAAUGCGUUGUCCGGUGUGCAGUUAUCAUGGCAUAUCAUUUAAUGCUCGAGGCUUCUUUCCUUCUAGAUCAGAGGGCAAUGUUCUCGACUAUUCCUCUAAACAAGAUGGCGGACCUAGCACUUAACCAUCAACAAUUACUGUCAAUUGAUACAGAUAAGACAGCUGUAUUUUCCCAGGAAAGUAAUGCUGAAACUGAGUUGUCAUUGGACAUUCCAAUUUCCGAUGGAUUCAAUGAAACAGGACCUCACAACCUAAUAUCACUGUCUGAAGGCAGUUCUUCAUUCUCGUAUGAGCCAUAUAGCCAGGCAACAUUUCAGGGAUUAUCUCUGUCAGAAUCUCUUAAAAAAGUUAUGGAUGAUAGUUUUCCAUUUUUCUCUGAUUCUUUUCAAAGUAUGUCCAGUCAGCUUGGGUUUAAUGGAAGGAAUCACGAAGAUCAUGUCGAAGAUGAGGUGAAAAAAUCUACUUCUGCCAGUCAGCUUGGGUUCGACGGAAGGAAUCAUGAAGAUCGUUUAAGAAAUAAGGUGAAAAAAUCUAGUUCUGCGAUGGUGAUGGAUCACAAUGGUAAAAUGGCAAUGGCAAGAUCUGAAGAACAGAAUUUGCUCAGUAAUGAGGAGUUGCAUCUGCCACCAGGUUGUUCUGUAGAAUCUUUGGACACACUAGACCAUAGUGAUAAUGCUGAAGACCAAACGAAUAGUAAGAAUGAGAUCAGCUCAGUAUUGGAUUCUGAAAGUAUUUUGGUUCUGAUGUCGAAGCGGAAUGCUUCAAGUGGAACUGUUUGUGAGCAGAGUCAUUUUUCUCGUAUUAAGUUCUACCGGAAUUUUGAUGAUCCUCUUGGAAAGUUUUUGCUGGAAAAUUUACUCAAGCAGGGACUCCAGUGCAGGACUUGUGGUAAACCCCCGGAGGGUCAUUUUUUCUAUUAUGCACAUCACAAUAAGCAACUAAGUAUUCAAGUUAGACGUCUUCCUGAUGGCAAAUGUCUGCCUGGUGAAACUGAGGGGAAGCUUUGGAUGUGGAGUCGCUGUGGUCAAUGUAAAUUUCAGAAUGGAAGCUCAAAAUCUACUAAAAGGGUUUUGAUAUCCACUGAUGCUCGUAGUAUAUCAUUUGGAAAGUUUUUGGAGCUCAAUUUUUCCAACCACUCGUCAUUCAAUAGUCCAUCCAGCUGUGGUCAUUCUUUUCAUAAGGAUUUUCUCUACUUCUUUGGAUCUGGCCCAAUGGUUGCAGUGUUCAAAUACUCACCAGUUUCUACUUAUUCGGUGUCUCUGCCACAUCAGAUGCUGGACUUUAACUCUUCAAUGAGAGCAGAGUUUCUAAAAGAAGAUUUUAAGAAGGUGCAUUUGAAAGGGACUAAGUUGUUCUCGGAGAUAGAAAAUUCUCUGAAGGCUUUAGAAACUAGAUACAUUGGUGUAACUCUCAACAUUCAGGGAUCAAGUAAGAAAUUUUCUGAUAUCGAGGAGAUGUUAAAGCAGGAAAAAUCUCAAUUUGAGGUUAGAGGGCUCGUCCUAGAUAAAUUUUCUUAUGCUUCUACAUUAUGUAGCAAGAUCAUCACUCUUAUUAUUGUGAUUUUUUUCCCUCUAAUGAAUGCAACUGUUUUAUUAUUGUUGGUGAUGGAGAAUCUGUCAUUUGGUCGAAACAUAGUGAGACAGUAUGAUCUUAAAGGAGCUCUUCAUGCUCGUUUUAAUUCUGCUGGCAAUGGUUUGGGAGACGUUCUCUUGGAUCAGAAUUUCGUCAAUGACAUGAAUGAUUCUCCUCUAUAUAUCAGUAGGAAAUCAAAGCGUAACUUGCAGAGGGCUGUGUGGAAUGACACUGCUUUCCUCCAAUCGAUCAACGUCAUGGAUUAUUCUCUACUUGUGGGAGUAGAUACUGAACGUCGGGAACUGGUAUGUGGCAUCAUAGACUAUCUCAGACAAUAUACGUGGGACAAACAACUAGAGAAUUGGGUCAAGUCUUCGCUUGUUCCUAAGAACCAGCAGCCUACUGUCAUCUCUCCAAGAGAAUACAAAAAGAGAUUUAGGAAGUUCAUCGACACUCAUUUUUUGUGUGUCCCGGACCAUUGGUGCUCCCACAGAUUGAGUAACCCCUGCAAACUUUGCGGCGCCGGAGAGGAAAACAGUUCUUCGCGUGCGAAGACUCAAGAUCGCAGGGAACCUGAUGAUGAUUCUAGACCUCUUACAAAGUCUAUAGAGCAACCCGCACAUGAAGCGAAACCUCGUCCCAGUUCUCCAAAUCACGGACGAAAUGGUUUUUCUGCCUGAACUUCAUCAGUCGUCUUUUGUGUUAAUUAAUUUUACAUAAUGUUGUAUAUAGCUUAUCCGCGCAGUAUGCCUGCUCUCUUUCUGCUGUUUUUUUCCAGCUAAGUUAAGGGGCAUAAUCUCUAUCUUCUUUUAUAGGUUAUUACAUAUUGAUUGCACAUGCAAAUUUUGUAUGCAUAUCUUCUCGAGUAAUUCUUGAAAAAAAGAAAA